UAGAUCAACAGUCGACCAAAAUUAGGGUUUUGAAAUUUGCAGCUGAAAAUUGGGCGCAAUGGGGGAAGAAGGAGAAGAGCAAAGAAAAAUAGUAUUUAAAGACAUUAGACGAUAUUACUGUGAAUUUUGUGGCCUUUGCCGCUCCAAAAAAUCCCUGAUUUCUUCUCAUAUUCAGUCUCAUCACAAGGAUGAAAUUGAGAACCGAAAAGAGGAGGGUACUGAAGAUGCAAAAGGAAAAGAGGGCUCAAAAAUGAAUGUUUGUGAGGAAUGUGGUGUGAGCUUUCAGAAGCCUGCUCAUUUAAAGCAGCAUAUGCAAAGUCAUUCAAUCGAGAGGCCAUUCAUGUGUCAUGUAGAUGACUGUCAAUCCCGCUACCGUAGAAAGGAUCACUUGACGAGGCAUCUCUUGCUCCACCAAGGGAAGUUGUUUGAGUGUCCUGUCGAUGGCUGCAAAAGCACAUUUAGUUUUCAAGGCAACAUGACUCGGCAUGUCAAAGAGAUGCAUGAACAGUCUGCCUCGCCGAAGGUUGAUCUUCCAAAGGAGUAUGUCUGUUCUGAAGCUGGAUGUGGAAAGGUGUUCAAAUAUGCAUCCAAAUUAAGGAAACACGAAGAUUCUCAUGUUAAGUUGGAGUCGAUUGAGGCGCUGUGUUUGGAGCCAGGAUGUAUGAAGCAUUUCACAAAUGAGAAAUGUCUCAAGGAACACAUAGAGAGUUGCCACCAACAUAUUGUUUGUGAAAUAUGUGGGACCAAGCAAUUGAAGAAGAAUAUUAAGCGGCAUCUUCGCACUCAUGAAGAAGGUCCUAUAUCGGAAAGAAUAAAAUGUGAGUUCCAGGAUUGUCAGCACACUUUCUCCACGAGGUCAAAUCUUGCUCAACACAUCAAAUCCGUGCACUUGGGAGCUAAGCCAUUCUCGUGUAGCAUUUCUGGUUGUGGUAUGAAAUUUGCCUUCAAGCAUGUGAGAGAUAAACAUGAAAAAUCAGGCUGCCAUGUUUAUACUCCUGGAGAUUUUGAAGAGGCUGAUGAGCUAUUCCUAUCUAGACCAAGAGGUGGUAGGAAGAGGGAGCCUACUCUUUUCGAGUCAAUUAUGCGGAAAAGGAUUACACCACCCAGUGGCACAGAUCCUGCGUUCAAUCAAACCCCGGAAUACUCGUGGUUACGCUCAGUGGAAUCAGAUAAUCAAAUGUGAGUCUGUUUGGCUGGAUCCUGUGAUUUGGUUGAAAUCUCUUAGUAGAAUCAGGGAUAAACUCUUGAGAAGUCUCCUGGGCAGUUUCUUGGCGGGUUCCUAGUGUUGUUUGUAUGUAAAUUUUGUUUAACUACAUGUUACAUAUAAAUAUAAUGGAGAAGUGUUAUCUAAA